CAAUGAUCCAAUGACCCAAUAAACCUAACUUGCUUCAUCAUUUUCCCCAACUUAGACAACUGUCGUUUAAAUAUACGUGUAAUUCUUGAAAGCCCUGGCUUCUUUUUUUUCUGUGUGGGUUUGUAUAUUGCAACAGGCGUUUUAUUUCUUCCAUUCGUCUUAUUCGUCUUGCUCUCACAUGUUUCCAUGUUUUCAGCAGUUCGAGCUAAGCACUGCCCCUCUAUAACGUCACUAGUCACAAUGCUCGACUCCCAAUUCAGCGCACGCGAUCACGAGCUGACAUAGGCUUCAAUUCGACCGCAAUUCCUGUUUAAACCCAUUCUCAAUCCCCAUUGACCUUGCUGUCUUUGUCAUUGCUUGUGGACCUCAAACAUACUUCCAUUGGCAAUCAUGUCGACCGCGAACCGUGACCCUUCCGUCACUUCGGAACCCGAACAAGUCGAAGAACCAGAGUCGAACCCCCACUCACUUUCCCGCGCUGUACUUGCUAGGAAAUCCGAAUACGUUCGGCCCCAUCGCAUACGAAUCAAGGUCGGGACUUGGAAUGUCGCUGGUUGUCCAGGCACUGACAAAGAUCUGGCGAGUUGGUUUGUUGACGGGAAAGGAAUCGAACCGCAAUUGGAUGCCAAGCUAGCGCGCCUGAGCGUAUCCGAGAGUAUCGAGACUAUUGAAAUAAAUAAAGAUCACAAUGCUACAUCCAAACCGAGCGCAACUUCCAAAACAGACUCAGGAGCAGCAGGAGGGCCAAACAGCUCGGGCGUCUCUCCAGGUGAAGGAGAAGAGGAACCCGAUGUGCGAUUAUUAAGCGGCGACAAGAUAGGACUCUAUGUCCUUGGGCUUCAAGAAGUUGUUGAUUUAAAUAUCGUCAGCCAGACCUUUUAUUCCGAUCCAAAUGCCAUCGCAAAAUGGCAAGAUGCCCUCGAAGCCGCUCUUCCCAAGGGCUACCAUCUUGUAGCCAGUGAGCAGCUCGUCGGUCUUCUUCUGCUUAUCUAUGCCUCGCCCGAAGUAGCUGAAACUAUAUCAAACGAGUCAACUGUUAGUGUCGGUACUGGUAUAUAUGGUCUACUAGGCUAUUGGGGCAACAAGGGCGGAAUUACUUCUCGAAUUCUCCUAGGCGAAACCACCAGACUUGUUUUCACCAAUUGCCACCUUGCAUCCGGCCAUGAUCAGGCUAGCCUCGAUCGACGAUGUUGGGAUUACAAUAGAAUCGUCUCCCAAAUUAAAUUCAGCCCAAUCAAUUUAGGUGGCGUAGUCGAAGACGAAGGGGAAAAGAUUGGGGAUGAAGAUUUCGCCUUCUGGCUUGGGGAUCUGAACUUUCGCCUUGAUGGUCUACCUGGGGAAGAUAUUCGACGUUUGCUAACGCUACAUACCCGCGGGGAGUACGAUCUUAGUAAGAAAAGUACUGGGGAAAUAUUCAGCGAUGAUGGUGUUAUCGUACUACGCAACAACGACGAUGAUGACGACGGUACGAACACUCCCGGCAUGAUAUCACGUGAAGCAUCUUUCGACAAGGCUUCUAGUGAUGAAGAUAGCGAACUUCCAGAUCCCGACGAAUUUCUGCCCGAUCCAAAUGACGAUCCAGCAUCCCUGCAAGCAACUCUUAACUCCCUGAUUCCGCAUGAUCAGCUCCUACGUAUGAUCAAAGAACGCAAGGCGUUCCACGAGGGUUGGCACGAAGGUCCUAUAACAUUUCUACCAACAUACAAGUAUGACGUUGGUACGGUGGGCCUCUUCGACUCCUCUGAAAAGCAACGAGCCCCAAGCUGGUGCGAUCGCAUUUUAUAUCGAACUCGUACGGACAUCAAUCUAUAUGAAAAGAAGUGUAACGAUGAGGUCGAGGCCAAGAAGAGGGACGAAGAUAUGAAAAAGAUGGGCAUUGACAAGGCUGCGGAGGAUGAGAAUGUCCUGUUUGACUACGAUCCCGCUGCUGACUCGAGUGCUGAUAACCUCGGCGAUACUACUUAUGACUACGAUGAAUAUGACGAAGGCGAAACUCUAGAGCAAGUUAUCACAAAGGAAGGCUUCGUCGACAAAAUCCAUUUGGAUACUUAUAUGAGCCACCAGCGAGUCAUGUCAUCAGAUCAUAAACCGAUAGUCGCUAUGUUUACGUUAGAUUACGACGCUGUCGUUCCCGAACUGAAAGCUAAAGUUCACGCUGAAGUGGCGAGGGAACUUGACCGAGCCGAAAAUGAAGGACGGCCAGGUCUUACUGUCAUCGUCGAUGCGAAGGAUUCGAUCAACAAGGAAAAUAAGCAUUUCGCUGAUGGGAGUGAGGGCGUCGAUUUCGGAGAGCUUGGAUUCCUGCGUAGAGAGAAUCGAUAUUUGACUAUUGCCAACACCGGGCGCGUUCCGGCCACGUUCCGUUUCAUUGAAAACCCAGCCCCGCAAAACGAUACGGUGAAACAACCUCAUUGGUUACAGUUCAAAUUCGUCCGCUUCCAAGUAGACGAUGAUGAAGAGACACGGGAUCCGUUAGGGGAUGAAAUAACGCUAGAGCCAGGAGAGACCGUAAACGCCUUCAUAGAAGCUCAUGUCCAGGACCUAGCCCAUGUUCAGGCACUGAAUGCGGCAACAGCGCAAUUAGAAGAUGUCUUAAUACUACGCGUCACCGAUGGGAGAGACCAUUUCAUCCCGAUUAAAGCUACUUGGAUACCUUCCUGCUUCGGGCGUUCACUAGAAGAGCUCAUCCGAGUCCCUCGUGGCGGUGGCAUUCGGGGCCUAAUAGAAAAGCGACAGAAAGGGGGAUCUAUACCCUAUACCCUAGAAGUACAUAAAUCAAGUCCAAACGAGCUAUUCCAGCUCACCGAGGCAAUAGCAAUCCUCGCUGAGCGGGCUAUUGCCGACGCCAACAUGUUGGACGAAGUAAAAAUACCGCGCGACAAGCCGGGUUGGCCUUUUGACAAGGAUUCAUGGCAAACCAUUAACGAUGAAGAUCACGAUAAUCUACGAGCAUCGAUGAUCGAGGCCCUGGAAGUUGAUAAGCCCGUUCUGGAAUCUGUCAACAUUGAUGUUCCGGUGAUAAAACGUCUUGAAAUCGUUAGCGAGGUGCUCCUGUUAUUCCUACGCAGCAUGCCAGAUGGGAUCAUCACUACACCGUUAUGGGCUAAAAUCGAGCAAACUCUGCCCAAUGUAGGAAGCAGCAAGACUCCUGUCGAAGCCGAGGAAGCCCGAUCUGUCAUCCUCGAUAUUUUAGCAACAGCGCCAUACAAUCACAUCUCCUUCGUGUUCCUCAUGUCCAUGCUAACCCGUGUUGCGAACGAGCUCAUCUCCCUCAGUAAGGAAGCGUUGGAAGCCUUGAACAGCCGCAGGACUAGCUCUCCCGGUACUUUAGCCAGACGCAGCUUGAGUUUUCGCCGAAGUGCCGGAGGAGCGGUGGCGGCCGAUCAGGCCGCAAUACUACGAAGGCUAGCGUGGGAGAGGAAGACCGCAGAGGUUUUUGGUUUGGCGAUCUGUAGGGCCCCGAGGUCAACGAAUCCGAAGGAGAAGAAGGCGACCGAGGAUAAGAUGAGGGGCGUUGUAGAGGUGUUCUUGCGUCAGGAUAGGACGUGAUUAUACAUAGAGGGUAGGGGAUGGGGCAAUGGACUGAACGGAGCACGUAUGAUGGCUUCGGCAGGAGUAGUGGAGCAAGGGAGUAUAUAGAGUGGAAAUACUUAUUCAUUUGCUUGCCCGUCGCCGGCGCAUCUACCUACAUAUAUAUAUGUAUGCGAAGAUUUCAAUUGAUGAUGAAUCUCUCGAUCAAA